GCUGAUUCUCCGGAUCAACAACUUCCCUAUACUUUCGCCACGACCGCGAACAUACAAAAGAGCUUUUGCUUUUUUUUUUAUAUGAAGAAGUCGGAAGUGAGUAGAGAGUGGCAAUCCUGUGAUUACAAGGACAGAGAGGUUACCUUGUAGACAAUCUACAGAUUCUACACAAACGCUGUUGCCAGAUUCCCCAACUCCUUUGUACGAAUGCUUGUCACCCACUUGUCUGAUCUGGUUUCUGACACAGUAGCAACUCUCUUUUCCGUCUUUACCAAUGCAACCUUAACCUCAUAUAAGUAGACAAAGAACCAACCUUUGCCUGCUUUGGGAGGAGAUUUGAGAUCAGAACUAAGGAAGAAGACGCUUUGAGGAAUCAGAGAGAGAGAGAGAGGGGGAGAGAGAUGGGAUCUGGGGCUGCAAGUUUCUUUAAGGUGGUUCUCAAAAACUUUGACAUUCUUGCCUGGCCUGUGGUUAGCCUUGUUUAUCCUCUAUAUGCCUCAGUUCGGGCAAUCGAGACCAAAUCUCCUGUCGAUGAUCAGCAAUGGCUUACUUAUUGGGUUCUGUACUCCAUGAUCACACUCUUCGAGCUCACCUUAGUCAAAGUCCUUGAAUGGAUUCCCUUCUGGCCCUAUGCAAAGCUAAUCUUGGUCUGCUGGUUGGUCAUCCCAUACUUCAGUGGUGCUGCAUUUGUAUACGAGCAUUACGUGAGACCUUUGUUUGUCAAUCCACAAACUAUAAACAUCUGGUAUGUCCCAAAGAAGAAGGAUAUCUUCAGUAAGCCAGAUGACAUUCUUACUGCUGCAGAGAAAUAUAUUGCUGAGAACGGGACAGACCAGUUUCAGCAGAUUAUUAACAAGGCUGACAAGUCCAGGAGGAGUGAAGGCCAUCCAAUCUUUGAUCAGGACCAUCGAUAUUGAGCAUUGUAGCUCUGAGUAUGUUUUCUGUCAUCUGGUUUCUUGUGGAGAAAAGGAUGUUCACGGUUAAUGCUUGGUUUUUCUGUUUGUUGUUUGAAACAAUCGUUGGUUAUUGUAAAAAGUUGCUUAAUGUCCUUAGUUUACUGUAUGUAAUUAGCAAAGGGUGCUUCGCAUUUCCUUUUUUCCAUAUCAGAACUCUAUGGUACAGUUUUUCCUGCCCGCAAUGCUAACUUGAAUUAAGCAUUAGAUUAUUUAA